GUGAAGAUUGGGAUGAAGAAAUCCAAAUUACAAGGGUAGCCCUGCCCAGCUGUAACAGUCGAACCUCAAUUCAUUCCUUCUAUGUUGUUGCCUCUCUUCUUCUGUCGUCUUCUUCCCCUCACUCUUUCAACUUUCACGUAACACCACACCCUUCUUUUCUUACUCUUACUCUUAUGCUUUUCACCUUCUUCACUUCACUACCCUUUACCCUUCUCUGUGACACACACUCUUUCUGCUCCACGUUUCCAAUGGCUUCAUGUAGUAUAGGGACCCCAAAUAUUAAAGUAUUGAACUUGCACUUUGGUGGAAAAAAAGUUGGUCUCUCACGACAAUUUGGUACAAGAAGCUGGAUCAGUAGGCUGCAGUAUACUAGUUUGGUUAUGUCACGACAGACAGUUAGGUUUUUAGCAUCAUCCAAUGGCCCAUCGACAGAGAUCCAAUUUGCUGCAAGGUCAGAAGGUUCUGAAGAGAUUAGAUCUUCAUGUCUUACAAGUGAGCUUAUUCCUAAUAUUAAUGAGGUGGAGUUCCUGCUCACAAAAUUAUGCGACACAAGUUCAAUUGGGGAGUUAGAUUUAAAACUUGCUGGAUUUCACCUGCAUGUAGUGAGGGAUUUGACUGAAAAAACUAAAACUCUACCUCCUCUGAUUCCUGCUUCUGUAAGUAUAAUUAAUGUCACAGAAACACCUAAAACAAAUGGAUCAGUUCCUACAACUUCGUUGGCUGUCUCAAAGCCAGUAGAUCCAGUACCUUCUUCAGGGUCCAUCCAGAGAUUCCUAGACAAAGCUGCUGAUGAAGGCUUGGUAAUAAUUCAGUCUCCAAAGGUGGGUUUCUUUAGGAGAUCACGGACGAUAAAGGGGAAGCGUGCUCCACCAUCAUGUAAAGAGAAGCAAAAUGUUGAGGAGGGGCAAGUGAUUUGUUAUAUUGAACAGCUUGGUGGUGAGCUGCCAAUUGAGUCCGAUGUGUCGGGAGAGGUCAUCAAGAUACUACGACAGGAUGGCGACCCUGUUGGAUAUGGUGAUGCACUUGUUGCAAUAUUGCCAUCAUUUCCUGGAAUAAAGAAGCUUCAAUAACUCGAAUUUAUGGAAAAGAGACAUUCUUGCCAGCCAUGCAGUAAUUGAGUCAUACAUAUAUUUCAUUAUUUUUGAGUUCCCGUGGUCCAUAGGUUAUUUGUUUUUAGUAUUAGUUUUGCGUAGCAAAGACAAAUUUGUUUUCUCAUACUUUCCUGUUCUGUUUGUGUUGGUGUUGUCACGCUCACUUGGCACUGUUUGCAAAUAGCCGCCUAUUCAAGACACAUGACUAGGAACAAGUGAUUUUCUUAAAAAAUAAAUAAACACUGAUUGAUGAUGUGUCA